AGUGCCCCGGAAGUAAAACUUUUCUGCUACUACGGUUGGACUUAGCAGUUAGCACCCUGUUCGAUAGAGUUUUUCUAUUGAAUAAAUCGUGAUUUGCCUAUUUGGUGAGGUGGACGUGGGGUGGUAGUAUAUUAUAAAAUAAACAUGGCAACAAAAAUAUUAAUUUAGUUUAUCAAAGCAAAACGACCACACAUUAACAAGCAGCACAAACAGCAGCUAAGGUUGGUUAGCAUUGCUCGGAGCUAUGAGCCUGGCAGUUGGACGCGAACCGAGGAAGACUGCGGGAAACCGCAUGUCCAAACUCCUGGAUGCUGAAGAAGAGGAUGAGUUCUACAAAACAACAUACGGGGGCUUCAACGAUGAAUCGGGAGAUGACGAAUAUCACGGAGAGCACUCGGACACAGAGGAUGAGGUGGACAGCGACUUCGAUAUCGACGAGGGUGAGGAGCCCGACAGUGACCAGGAGGAAGAUGCUCCUCGGAGGAAGAGUCGGGUUGUCACAAAAGCUUAUAAGGAGCCUAUAAAGGUGGCAAAACCCAAACCUAAAAAACCCAAUGAGGAGCAGAAGAGGACAGAGAAAACCAAAGUGGAGCUCAAACGGAGGAUUCCUCAAGAAUUUCACGAUUUUGCUGAACCUCGGAAGUCUGUGCGACAGUCCACCAGUGAACACACCAGGAAGACCAACCUUCGCCUACAGGAGCGUCAGGAUGCUCCUAGGAGACGGAGAGGCGCUCACCGGGACCGACCUUUGACCCAGGAGGAGCUGCUGGCAGAGGCUAAGAUCACAGCUGAGGUCAACAUUCGGUCUCUGGAGAACUACGAGCGUCUGGAAGCAGACAAGAAGAAGCAGGUCCAUAAGAAGCGACGCUUCGAGGGACCGACCAUCCGCUACCACUCGGUCCUGAUGCCCCUGGUCUCUCACUCGCUCCUUAAAGAAGAAAAUGUUGACGUGGAGGGGCUGGAUCAGGACAUCUCUCAGACGGCACCGCAGAAUCCCACCACGCCGUCCCAGCAGCCCACUGGAGGACUGUGCUCCCGGACUUACAUAACGUUCAGCGACGACGAAGCCUUCGAGGCGACCUUCCCUCCCGCCGCCCAGCCCGGCCCCCAGAUCCCCGUUCAGGAGAUCUGCCCCGUCACGCACAAGGCGGCGCUGUACCGGGACCCGGUCACCGACAUCCCCUACGCCAACGCGCGAGCCUUCCGCAUCAUCCGAGAGGCGUACCGCAAAUACGUGGCGGCUCACGGGUUUCCGAGCAGCUCGGCGGCAAGCGCGGGAGGCGACGCCUCUUCCAUGAAGGGAGUCCGUCAGAAAAUGGUCGUCAAGCAAAGUGGGUUUACCACGUAGUGUCCUCGUUUGGCUUUCAGUGGGCGUAGGGUUUGUUUUCUAUCUGGAAGUCAGCGGAUGUUUUGCAUCUGAACAGAAUUUAAACCAUCUACACACGAUGGGAUGCGCUGCCUGGACUCAAUAGAGUUGUUGUUUUUUUCUCCA